AUGCAUCAUGUCCUACAGAAGAAGAGUAAGGUAUUCUUUAUUGAUGGUCCAGGAGGUACAGGAAAGACACAUCUCUAUAAAGCUUUACUCGCUAAAAUGCGUUCCAUGGGGCUAAUAGCAAUUGCAACUGCAACAUCUGGAAUUGCAGCGUUCAUCAUGCCGGGCGGUAGGACAGAAGAUGAUGUACUCCCCUUCAAGUUUAAAAGAAAGCAAUUUCCAAUUCGACUCAGCUUUGCAAUGACAAUCAACAAAGCUCAAGGUCAAACUAUUCCAAAUGUUGGCACCUAUCUUCCAGAGCCGGUGUUCUCUCAUGGUCAACUCUAUGUUGCUUUAUCAAGAGGGAUGUCAAGACAAACAACAAGAAUACUUGCAAAGCCAAAUAAGGAAAUUGAUCCAUCGGGAAAAAGCACCAAAAAAAUCGUCUACAAAGAUGUCUUGAUGUAA